AAAGAAAUGAUAAUUUAAUAAAUCGACUAUUUGACACAUUGCGUUACAAGGUACAACAAUCGCUCGAAGCAUGGUUCAAGGACAUUGGUCGGGUUCCCUCCGAAAUUUUCGAAUAACAUUUGCUGUUUUAAAAUUAUCUUGACAAUAACCGAUGGGAUUACUAUAAUAUCUUUGAUGAUAAGAUGAGACAAACGGAGAUAAACAACGAACUUGUUCUGUUAAGGCAACCUGUUCAUCAGGCUCGUAUCUGUGUGGUAAGUAAGUUGAUUAGAGAAGCUAAAAAAUUACGCACUUAUCGUGGUAAUGAGAAACAACUGGAGAAGAACAAGACUAAAUCGGAUAAACUAUUGAGGGAAGUAUUUGCAUUAAAGCAUAUUAAAGAUGAUGAUAUAUCAACAUUUGGAAUAAUUAAUUUUGAAUAUUUGCAAGAUAUAUUAAAAAAUCCUCGUACAGACGAAGGAACUAGAGCUAUGAUCAAAGUUGCCCGAUACAAGUGUUUACAUGAGAGAAUAGUGGAAUUUAUGGAGAAAUUUCCAGAUUACAGGGAGUACAUUUCCUGGAAGAAAAAAAAGCGUCCAUCGAAAAGGAAAGGAAGUAAUUCCAUAGAUGAUGAUCUAGAAGAGAAUCCAAAAAGAUCAAGAAAAGAUACAAAUACUGUAAAAGUGAGCACGCAAAAGAGAGGCAAUAAGAACAUAGACAGUACCGGUACUACCAAUCAUUUGCAAUGUACCACUCGUCAACAGAAGAAGAUCAAUGAACAGUCUAUGAAACUAUCGAAAGAAUCAGCAGAACAAAAGUUGGAAGGGGACGAGUCGAAAUCAGUUGCUAAAGUUAUAAGUAAGGAGGCUGCUGUUAAAAGAUUUGCAGAAGUGUUGCAAGAAACAGAUAGAAAGGAGGAAGCUAGCGAGCACGAAGAGAAUAACAAUGAACAAUCGUCGAACGAUGCAGGAGAAUGUAGAAAAAGUACGGAUGACUUUUUUCUGAGCUCGGACGAAGCCGGUUCAAGCGUUACAGUCAUCUCUGCUGAGAGGAACGAGGAUCCUACCUCUGACAUUGAUCAUCGGGCAUUUAAGGCGCUUCGCAUAAGAAGCAAAGACGAGAAAUUCUCUAAAGAUAAAGGGGAAAUAGGAAGUGGUAAAGAUAUUUCUUAUGGUCCGAGUAAUACAAGAAAAACAAACGUUACGCAUUCUAAACAGAACAGGGAUAUGCGCGUUAAGAACAAUCCUGUUAAGAGAAACAUCGAGAGCGACUCCACUAAGACAGAAGAUGAAAACCUGCAUCCUUCGUGGGUAGCGAGGAGGAAGCAGCAAGAAAUUCUGAAACAAGGUUUCCAAGGGAAAAAAAUUAAGUUUGACGAAGAUUAAGGAAAUUAAUUUCAGUAUAUUUAUUACUGUAUCAGCAUCUUUUUAUUGUAUACCUAGAAUAGAAAAUGGUCCUGUUUUAAUUCCAUUGGGCGGAAGGUUCCUUUCUUUGUAUGGCCUGAUAUAAUUCGACGAUAGGAAUUACAGAAAACAUUACAGUAUGA